AGUACCAUGGAUUCCAUGAGUGACACUUCUUUGCAAGCAGAACAUGUUAGAUAUUUGUUACCUCCUGAUAUUUUUGAAGAAUUGUUUUCUGAAAUUACACCAAAUCAGGAUGAAAAUCAAUCUGAUAGUGGUAAUAUCACCAAUGGCAAGGACAAGGCUGUUGUUCAGACAAUUGUUUCUAAUCAUGAGCAAUCAACUCAUGAACUCGUUCCUAGUUACCAGGGUGUUGAGAAAAAUGUGGAAAAUUUACCAAUACAACAAAAAUAUACUUGGGCACAAAUUGUUAAAGGAGAGCAUAGGAACCAUGCAACUUCAUCAAUGUCUGAAACAUCAUUUCCUCCGCUGUUAUCCACCGUGAGAUAUCAGAAACCAGAAGGUAGGAUCAGGAAACAACCUAGUUCGAAAUCGGAGCUAUGGAAGUAAAAGGAACCUAAAGCCAAUAUGAGAUGGCAUUACUUGAUGAAUAUGUUUAAGUUGAACUGUGGCAAGAAACAACAACUAAAUAAUAAGGAUGUGAACUUGUA